AUGUCUGGCCGGUCGGGAUCAAACUCCCACCGUCGCCAUUCUCGAGAACCCCUCGACGACUUUCCACCCCUUCCAGUGCCUCGACUACCUUCUCUUCGAGCCCUCGCACACGCCCAGCGAGACCGUGAUCGUGACAGCCCAUCGCCGACAUCUUCAAACCGCCCUCAGUCCCGACAUUGGUCAGCAGCAGCUCGCCGCGCCGAGCGCAUCCGGAACCUGGAGAAUAGAGCCUUGGCCUUCACCUCUGGCUUCGACGACUUUGAACGACCGAUGGACGACGGCUGGCCGACUUCUCGACGUACUGACCGUAUGAGGACCGCUGAAAGCACUAGACCCGCCAAUCUUGAAGACCUAGAUCGCCAUCUUGAGGAAGCAAACUCCCAUCUAAGGGCCCUCCUCGAUCUUCAGCACCACCCCAGUCUUACUCCCCCCAUGCCGCCCAACUUCUCUCCCCCCCCUCGUCCUACCGACCUGCCCGACUCGAACCGACGACACAAACGUCGGAAGCUGGAUUCUGACAGACACGCACCUUUUAGAAGCGUUCGCUAUGGAAAGUACGGCCAGGUCGAGCAGGGCGACCUGAAAAUGGAAAUAGUCAGCUGCGAUGGUGGCAUGUUCUCCAACGAAUCGUCUUAUGCCGCAGAGAACAUACUCAAGAACGACAACUCUGUGUAUUGCACCAAGGGAAAUCGAUGCAAUAUUGUCUUGCGGCAUCAAGGUGGUACUGUCUUUACUCUUUCGGAGCUGGUCAUCAAGGCACCUGGGUCAAUGAAUUAUUCACAUCCAGUGAGAGAAGGAAUGGUCUUUGUGGCCAUGACGCAGGACGACGUACUGAAUCGGACAGCCCAGUAUCAGAUACAAUAUGCGCCACGCUCGAAUGAUCCAAAUCAUGAAGGCGAUUCGAGAGUGUUGCAGUUUAUCCCAACUGAAAUAAUAUCAGUCCAACAUCACGAAAACGGAACCACAACCACGAGGUCUCGGCCAUCGUACACAUAUCGAAGUAGUAGUGACGACUACGAAUCACGGACUCCACAGAUGCCUCGGGAAUUCGCCUCCAAUCUCCCCGACUUUCAAAUCACAACCGAAUGCAGUGACGACGAAGAAGAGCAUUACGAGGGCUCUCGCCUUCUCUAUCGCCGAGCGCCCGAUCGCAUUGGGUCGCUUCCGUUCGAAACGUUGGAUUCUGAUUCCGAAGAAGGCGGCGACCCUUUUAAUCCCGAAUACCUUGAUGACCAUCAUCCCUCCCACUGGCGCCUUUACAGCAGUGCUGCCAAUACCAGCGGCCCUGGUCUCUCCCCUCCCUCUUCACGCCGCCGCGAACGAGAGAGGGAGCGAGAAAGAGAACAGGAAAAUGACCACUCAAACCGAUCCUUCUCUCUUACGGCAGCCUGGGAAGCCCACGCUUCUGCCACACAGGAUGCUGUACGAGCCGUCGGUGGUGGUCAGCUUCUCUCGCCCCACGCUCGUUUUUAUAUUGAGAAGAAAAAGAGCAAAUGCACGAUCCGUUUCGACCCUCCAGUAUCAGGCCGAUUUAUCUUGCUGAAGAUGUGGAGUUCUCACCAUGAUCCUACCAGUAACAUCGAUAUUCAAUCCGUUUUGGCUCGAGGGUUUGCAGGACCUCGUUAUUUUCCAUCGAUUGAAUUGCGCUGA